AUGCAAGCCAGGACCUCUCGCAACGGUCAGCGUGUGUCUUGCAACACGAGCAGACAUCCUGUUCAAUGGCACGUGUACGUCGUAGUGACUCUCCACGUGCACAAAAAUACGAUCGCCGCCUGUCCUGCACACACGACGUGUUGGAGAUCGGCUCAAGGCCUCGACCCGACCGAUCCGGGGCCGGGAACGCACGCCAAGGCUGUCCGAGUUGGCAGGGCAGAUGUGGAAGGCGGAGGCGCGGAGAUUGGCGAGGGAGCUUGA